ACGAAACUGUGACUGCUAAAUAACUGAACGCAUAGCUCUACAAAUAUCCAACAUGGCAAGAAGAUAUGAUUCUAGGACAACUAUUUUUUCACCUGAAGGCCGCCUCUACCAGGUGGAGUAUGCCAUGGAAGCCAUUGGGCAUGCUGGCACAUGUCUUGGCAUAUUAGCCAAGGAUGGGGUAGUGUUGGCAGCAGAGAGGAGAAAUAUCAACAAACUCUUAGAUGAAGUAUCAUUUUCAGAGAAGAUAUACAAGUUACAUGAGGACAUAGCAUGCAGUGUAGCGGGUAUUACUUCAGAUGCCAAUGUUUUGACCAAUGAACUCAGACUUAUAGCACAAAGGUUUUAUCUCCAAUACCAGGAACCCAUCCCAUGUGAACAGUUAGUUAGUCACCUGUGUGAUAUCAAGCAGGCUUACACACAAUAUGGAGGUAAAAGACCAUUUGGAGUGUCUCUAUUAUACAUGGGCUGGGACAAGCACUAUGGAUUCCAGCUGUAUCAGAGUGACCCAAGUGGAAACUAUGGAGGGUGGAAAGCUACUUGUAUUGGCAAUAACAGUGCAGCUGCGGUUUCAUUGCUGAAACAGGAAUACAAAGAAGAUGAAAUGGAUUUGAAGGCAGCCUUGGCACUUACAAUCAAAGUGCUAAAUAAAACAUUGGAUAUGACCAAGUUAACAGCAGAAAAAAUUGAAUUAUCAACUCUAACCAGAGAAAAUGGAAAAACUAGAAUUAGAAUAUUGAGACAGAGUGAAGUAGAAGGACUCAUCAAGGCACAUGAAGAGGAAGAGAAGAAACUUGAGGAUGAAAAGAAGAAAAAGGCAGCAUCUUCAUCUUCAUAAAUUUUUAAUCAUUAAGUUGAAAUAGAUGGUAUUGAAUCCAGUUGAAGAAGAUUAAUGAAGUGGAGGAGAGAGACAAAUCUCUGCACUGGAGUUUGUGACUGUAAAUUGUGAAGAUGCUGUGCUGUAACUGUGUAUAUAUUACAGUGAGCCAAGGACUUUUCUAUAACAUAAAUGGUACAUGGUUUAUAACAAAAAGUCACCCAGAAUGAACUGAACAAAAGGAAGGGAAGAGAUAAUGAAGAAAAUGGAAUUAUUUUGAUUGUAUCAAUGUAUGUCUAUGACUGGAAAAGCAUUUAUAGAACUAUUAAACAAACUUUAGAAAUUA